AUGGGUGAGAAAGCAGGUGCAGGUGAGUUUUUCGAAGAAGACAUGGGUGACAAUGAAGAUGUUUAUCCCGAAUUGCCAAACAUUUUCAAUGAUAAGCUCAAUUGGAAGGAGCAGGAACCUAUUUUAGGUAUGAGGUUUGAGAGUCCUAAGCAAUUGAAACACAUGCUUUGUAACUAUGUUGUCGCGAAUGGUUAUCAAUUAUGUUUUGUUAAGAAUGAUACUAGACGAUUACUUGUCAAAUGUUGUGAUGGCAAAUGUUCUUUUAGGCUUUGGGGUUCUUGGAUGAGUGAAGAUAAGUCUUUCCAGAUAAAAUCUCUUAUCAGUGAGCAUAAUUGUGCAAAGAAUUUCAAAUUCGGAUCAAUUGUGACUUACAAAUGGAUAGGGACCCACUUUAAGCACCAAUUUUAUAACAAUCAAAAGAUGAGCAUCCGAAUGCUUAGAGAGGAGGUAAAAAAAGAUUUUGGGAUUCACGUGAGUAUGAGUCAGUGUAGGAGAGCCAAGAAGUAUGCAUUGAGUCUAGUUGAAGGGACAAUAGCUGAGAAUUAUGCAAGAUUAUGGUCAUAUGGUGAGGAGAUUAGAAGAUCAAAUCCUGGAUCCACAGUUAAAAUUUGUGUUGAUUCAAUGCCUGAUGGGGAGUUGCUUUGUGCUGUGGGUAGAGAUGCUAACAAUGGAAUAUUCCCAAUUGCUUGGGCAGUUGUUUCUGUGGAAAACAAAGAGAAUUGGAAAUGGUUCUUAGAAAGUCUUUCAAAAGAUUUGCAAUGUUGGAAUGAUGGUAACAGUUUGGUUCUAAUUUCGGAUCAACACAAGGGUUUGAUUGAGGCAGUAAAGGAAGUAUUUCCAGCAGCUGAACAUAGGCAGUGUGCUAGACAUGUCUAUGCGAAUUUUAGAAAGACAUUUAGUGGAUCCAAGUUUGAAAAUCUAUUUUGGAAAGCGAGCAAGGCAACAACUGAAGCACAAUUUAAUGUAGUUAUGAAAGAGAUUGGAAAAUUAAAUCCGCAAGCAGUUGUGCAUCUUAUGGCUAGAGAUCCAAAGACUUGGUCUUUGGCUUUUUUCAGAGUUCAUAAUUCUUGUGAGUCAGUAGAGAAUGGUUUUUCAGAGAGUUUUAAUAGUGUGAUUUUGGAUGCCCGGAAGAAACCAAUAAUAAGCAUGUUAGAGGACAUUCGUAUAUAUGUGAUGCAAAGGAUGGUGACUAUGAAACUAACCGGACAAGGAUGGAAUGCUUAUUCUGUUUGUCCAAAUAUCAUAAUACGGUUGAAUAUGCUCCAAACUGAGCAAAGGCAUUGGCAUGUCAUUUCUUGUGGGGGGAUGAAGUUUGAGGCAAGGAAGAUGGACGAGGCGUUUAAUGUGGAAUACUAUGUCGUUUUGGUCACGCUAUGCCGACGACAUGUCGUCUGGAAAAGGUGGGGCCGAUCCGCGUAA